AUGGCCGCCGAGCUGACAUCAAUCAAGCUCAACCCCGAGAGUCACCUCAUCUUGGAUCAACCGCUUCUUCGUCUACCUCAAGAACUGGCUCGCCGGAAUUUCAAAACGGUCCAACGAGUCGUCGAGCGUGAAAAAGAAUAUGUCCUCCCGUCACUUAAAGAUGCCGCCAACGCCUCUCUGUCGAACACCCAGACACCUGACCAGACACUUGCCGCACUCGACGCCAUGAUAGCUCGCAUGCAGGGUCUAAAGCGAAAAAUGGAGAGUCUUCAGGAGGAGGAGAAGAAAAUACAGACUCAAUCUAGGAAGCGUAUCCAACAUCUAGAGACCCUGCACAAGAUCCCGAGUUUGGCCGAUGUCAAAUACGAUCAGUGGUCCCGAGUUCGACUGGAUCGGCUCCUGGUGGAUCAUAUGUUGCGCUCGGGUUACUCGGAAAGUGCGAAGCAGCUGGCCCAAGAACGAGGGGUCGAGGAGCUUGUGGACCUCGACGUCUUUACCCAGUGCCAACGGAUUGUCGAAAGCCUUCGCCGCGGGGAAACUAAGGAGGCAUUGCAGUGGUGUGGGGAGAACAAAGCAGCGUUGAAAAAAAGCCGGAACAAUCUGGAAUUUGAAUUGCGGUUGCAACAAUACAUCGAGAUGGUGCGAACACAAGACAAAUCCAAAAAGCUCGAAGCUAUCAUCCAUGCCAAAAAAUACCUCAUCCCGAACCAGGAGUCCCAAAAGACGGAGAUCCUGCGCGCCGCAGGACUGCUCGUUUUUACUCAAGACACGAGAGCGGAGCCCUACAAGUCGCUAUUUUCGUUGGAUCGCUGGAAUCAUCUAUCAGACCUUUUCAUCCAAACGCAUCACGAGCUACUAUCGCUGCCGUCGCAGCCGCUAUUACAUAUUGCGUUGUCCGCUGGCCUCUCAGCACUCAAAACGCCUCUGUGCCAUUCCGCCUACACCUCCUCCAGCUCAAAUUCGCAGUCCACGACGACUUCAAUGUGUCCAAUAUGUUCGACAGAACUGAAUGAGCUGGCGCGCAAAAUGCCCUACGCACACCACUCGAAGAGCUACGUCGAGGGCGAUCCAAUUGUUUUGCCCAACGGCCGGGUGUAUGGAAAAGCGCGACUCCUGGAGAUCAGCAAAAAGAUGGGAUCCGUAGAGUCGGGCAAGGUCAAGGAUCCCACGACGGGCGAGGUCUUUGCCGAGAGCGAGAUGAAGAAAGUGUACAUCAUGUAA